UAGGCCUUGUGGACAUGUCGCCCACCUUCAGGGCAAAUCAAAACCAAAGAGACUCUGCUCAAUUCUUGAUCAGUUUCACUCAUUGGAAGAUAUGGGAACAUUAGAGCAAAUCGAUGCUCCUCAUACCCAGUCAUCAUCAUCUUCGUCUUCUUCCAUUGAUAGCAACAACCACCCUUCUACCACUCCACCACCCUCUUCCUCCCCUUCAUCUAGUGUCUGCAGAAACAGAACUGAUUUGAGCACUGACCUCAGACUUGGUCUUAGCAUAUCUCCUUUGUCUCAAUCCGAAUCACCUUUCAAUUCAACACCAAGGGAGGAAAGUUUCAACUGGCCACCAAUUAAGUCCAUAUUGAGGAGCACCCUUGUGGGGAAACAAAGCCAUCUCAGCCCAAAACCAUCUUUAUUUGUGAAAGUCUACAUGGAAGGCAUCCCCAUCGGAAGAAAAUUAAAUCUGAUGGCACAUUAUAGCUAUGACGGACUGGUGAAAACUCUGGGCCAUAUGUUUAGGACCACCAUUCUGUGUCCAAACUCUCAACCACUCAGUUUUGGGAAUAUUCACGUGCUAACUUACGAGGAUCAAGAAGGGGACUGGAUGAUGGUCGGAGAUGUACCUUGGGAGAUGUUCUUGAACAGUGUGAAGAGGUUGAAGAUCACGAGAGCUGACAGAUGCUAGCUAGUUUAGUAAAGUAUAGAACCCCUCACAACACAACACAGCACAAGCUCCUUCUCAAUUUUCGUUGUUGAUAAAUUUUUGUUGUAGAUCUAGUUAAUUAAUUAUAGGUGGGUGAAAGGCGUUGAAAUAUUUCACCAAAAAGAAUGGAUCCCGUGAUUGGCAUAUCUAAUAGCUUUAUACACCAAAAAUAUAUAGAUGUAUAGCUCUUCUUACCUAAUAGUCAAUUCAGUGCAUAGAAAGGUAGAGUGGUCUGAUUUUGGGUUGGACCUAUUGUUUCAGCCUUUAAUCUUCUUACCCAUAAUGCAUGAUGAGCUUGGAGAAUUUGAAGGUUGGUUUGGAAGUAGGUAAAUUAUUUUGGUGGUGAUUUGGUGUAUUGCAGCUUCGUUGUGUGAAAUUUACCUUGAAGUUGAAAUACGAAAUACUGAAAAGCGUGUGUUGCUUAAAAUGUGUCAAAGCUAAUAGUGGAAGCAUAAAAAGCAGGUAUGAUUUUCCUAGUUUCCCUACAUGGACCUUUUUUCUGGUGUCUCUGCUUUGAUGUGUUUGGCUUUGUUGGGUACAACGUAAUGAUGCUAAUGGUGUCCACACCCCUCGUGUCAAGAACAGUGGUUUUGCUUUCAUUGUCAUGAUUUGAGGAAGAUUCUAACCAUGAAUUAAACAAUCCACAUUCAAACACCUGUCUGCCAGAGAAGUGUACUCAUUUUGAUUGUUCAUCAAACAUUCACCUACUGACAAUGAUAUUUCAUCUCCACAAUCAUUCAUUCCUCUUCAUUUUCAUCUCUAAACUCCAUCACAACCCCCAAACACAUCAACCCAUUUAGGAACUGAAUUACUGUCAUCAACUUUCAAUACCAUAAACCACCCACACUUUCUUAUGCAUAUGCAUCAUCCAUGUAAGUCAUUUUUUCAAUAUUCCUUAUCCCACUUAAUUCAUAUGCACUUUAGUAAAACAGUAUUCACUGUAACACUGAAUUAAUAUACAUGAAGGUUUUCUUGUUGGGUCACAGACAUA